ACGUAAACAAACUGGAUCGGAGUUACCGAUACAAUCGGUGCGGUUGGUUAUAGAAAUAUAAACGAAAUGCGUCGCUUCACUUUCAAACUUCGGUAACGCCGCUGUUAUGUAGAUGUAACCAGAAAAUGUAGUGACAUACAAAUCCGUUUUUUUAACCAAACUGCUGCUACGAACUCCCGACGAAGGGUAGAGAAGAAUUAAGGCCAAAGCAGUCGAUGCCAGAUCGCACAGAUGGAUGGGCGUGUUGCGUGAUUGACAGAAGUUAUUCUUUCGCUUCAGAAAGACGCUACAAUUCAAUAUUGCAAUGCAGUGGCAUUUAUAUUACAAGAUAGGUUACAUUUAAUUGCUCAGUGUUACAUUAAGCUUCUAGUUAAAGACUAUAUAUAUAGAUAGAUAAGUGUUAACUGACAGUGUUUAAUUGUUUCCAUUACUUCCACACUGAUAGUUAAUCUACGCAAGCAUGCAUAUCUAUGUGAGAUUGUAAUGAACAUUUCAUAAAGUAAUUUACUCGCACAAGACAAUCUAUCCAAGUUGUUUAAUUCAAAUUAGGAGAGCAUUCAUUUGCUCCUGAAAUCUGCUUCCCCCUCUGUGGGCCCGUAACGUGACAAUACAAUCCUGCUGCCAAGGACCCCGCGUUGCUUAGUAACAAUGCCAAACAAGAGAAAACUUGCAUUUGCCGUGUGCAGGAAAGAAAACAUUGCAUUCCCGAGUUUUCCUCUCAACUUUGAGGAUUACAAUCACCAGGUAUUACCUCAGUACAUUGUCUACAUGCUGACAACUAGUUUGUUGCGAUGGUCAAACCAGCGUUUCCUUUUUUGGCACAGGGUCUGAUGCUGCUGGUAGGCUUUUGAAACGGAAGACUAUCACCACUUUGUUAAAUCGGAAUUGGGAAUACAUGACUAUGCACCAUGCCCAAAAGGAAAGCAAACACGGGGACACAGGUGACACUCAAGUAUGCCAAAAAGGCCAUCCGGAUGAAACCCGACGGGUGGCGGCGACUCACACUUAGCAACAUGGGCAUAACCAUUUUCCCGAAGUGUAUCUUCAACUUGACUAAUAUGGAUGAGUUGGAUCUCAGUCGCAACCACAUACAAAAACUCCCAGAGGGCAUCGGGAAGUUGUCAUCGCUCAGGUGGUUGGACCUUCACAGCAACAAGCUGGAGUCUGUGCCCGAGUCCAUUGGUAAACUGGCGGGCUUGACCUAUCUCAACCUCUGUAACAAUCGUCUCACCUCGUCAGGUUUGCCCACUACGCUGGCCUCCCUUAAAAACCUGACGAUUCUAAAUCUGGGGUUGAACAAGCUGGAUGCCCUGCUUCCUACUAUGGUCCCUAUGGAGAGCCUCCAAGAAUUAGGCUUGUUCGACAACCUCUUCACCCACCUCCCAGACUUUGUGAACGCACUCCGCAAUCUGACUAAAGUCAACAUAAAACGGAAUCCCUUGCGGAUAGUGAAUGAGGACGGCGAGGAGAUGGAAACCGAAAAGUCCGACGACGAGGACGACGACGACGGCGUGUACCUCGUCCACGAAAGUAGACUGUGUAGUGUGUGUCUGAAAAUAUGUAAAGACCCAGGAGGAAAGCAUUUGAGAGGAGAUUGCAUGAGGGAAACGUUUGAGGACAAAAGGUCUUUUUCGGGACUCGUGACACCGAACUCGGUGGCUGCGGCCAAUCAGGACGCGUGGAGAGUUAAGAAACGAGAACACUUUCAAACGUUGGAAAGCAAUAUGUAGGUAUGAAAGCAUUUGCUGUGUCAGUAAAUGACUGUUUCCUAACUACCUGGCAUUAGCGAUGAUGUCAGCAACGCCUCUGCCUUUUAAUGAUGAGACCACCUUGCACAACCUGCAAGACAGAUUUUAGAGCACGGUAACACUCAUGUCAAGAGAUUUCACAUCCAUCAUUUGGAGAAGUCUUUUUACCGUUGGUAUGCAGAGACAUGGUCUUUAUUUAUAAACACCAAGAAGGCUGAGUGGCCAUUUUUCAUGAAGACCUCAAUGGCAUUGUCCUAUGAAAGAAAACAGUGUUUUACCUUAAGGUAACAUUGCAUGGUACUCAUUUUAAAGGCAUUUCAACUUCAAGAUCAAUGAUGGAAAAUGCAUGUGGUUAGCAGAUUAAAUGUUUUACGUCAACAUCUAAAGUUGUGUUUACAGAACUUUCAGCUGACCCAAAUAAGAAAUAUGAUGACUCCCCAGGAAACAAACAAAAUGAUACCAUCAACAUAUGCAUCAAAUUACAGAGAAAUGAAAGAUGAUUCAGUGCAAAAAAUAAGAAUCAAAAAUCCCUUUGUCAGUGUUAUGUCACAGGUGUCAAACACGUGGCCCGUGGACCAGAUUGGUUUCUGUUCAAAACUAUUUUAGCCAUCAUCAAACGAUAACACUUGCACUCGUCUGUAUGCUUCGAGGGAUUGGUGUUAGACGAUAUUGGUGUUGAUUUUUCAUUUUGGAUGUCAUUAAAUCUGCCCCGGUUUACACAAAAGA